UUGACUGCAAUGUACGUCUCUAUGAUCCAUGCUUGUAAUGAAAACACAUAACGGAAUGUUCCCAGCUUUUGAAUAACAAUGCGAACCAUGGCACCUACUCCUUUUUUAACGAUACUAAGUCUCUUAGCGUUGAUCUGUGGACAAUCAACUUCUCUUGCUGAAGAGAUUCCAGUGUGUGGAGAAGUCAACCCUAACGGAAACACCAUAGACUUAACAGAGCCUGUGACACCUGGUCCAUUCCAUGACCUAACUCUUGAUGAAAUGAGACAGUUGCGCACUUUCUUGGAGAAUGAUCCAGAGAUUAGAGCCGCUAAAUUUGGCAGUGAGUCUGUAAGUUCAAGUUAUAUCUACAUGGCCGAGCUCUUCCCACCCUCCAAAAAAGAGACAUUAAAAUAUUUGGACAGCAAAGGGCCUCAGCCUCCAAGACAGGCUCGUGUCAUGAUGUUCAGGGGGGAUAAGCAGCCUCCUGUUGUGGAAGAGUAUUCCUGCGGUCCACUGCCAAAUGUAAAGAAAUGUAAAUUAUUUCAGCAAACAGGCCGAAGAAAUCCAGUGGAGUUUUCUUUAAGACCAGUCAGUGAUAUGGAAUUUGUUGCAGUGUAUGACCUUCUGUUCUCAGUGGAAGAUACGAUCAAGCAACUUCUUGUUGAGAGUUAUGACGCCACGUUUUGCCAAGACACAGUUACUGACUGUAUUACUUUUAACUAUAUUCCGGUCGGAACCGGUUUACUAGGAGACAUCAACAAAAGGAGAAUGUGGAUGUUUGCUAUGUACAACGUACCUUAUUAUGCCAAUCACCCUGUCGACCUGGGCUUCUUUAUGAAUCUGGACGGCUCUGACGAGUCCAAAUGGAGUAUAGAGAAAAUCUGGUACGCUGGACAGCUCUACGCGACUGUGGAUGAGCUGAUGGAAGGCUACAACGCUGACAGAAUUCCUAAGUUGAAAUUAACCAGGCCCGUAGACAAUUCAACUCUCUUCUCAAGCUUGUAUCAGCGUGGUGAGCCAGUCCCUGAGAAACCACAAAGAGCUCCUCUACAGGUUGAACCUGAUGGGAAAAGAUAUUCAGUGAAAGACAGACAGGUCAAAUAUUUGGACUGGACUUUUAAUUUCCGAAUGUCGGCUCUCACUGGACCUGCUUUGUAUGACGUCAGAUUUAAAGGGGAGAGAAUCGCAUAUGAACUUAGCCUUGCAGAAAUUUCUGUGUUUUAUUCGGGUGCUGUCCCUUUGUCACAAAUAACAAACUAUGUAGACAGUGGAGUUCUCUUAGGCUCUCAUUCUAAAGCUUUGGUACCAGGUGGCGACUGUCCAGUACACUCUACUCUGGUGAACCAGUCAUUCUGGAGCCAGAAGACAGGGGAGCCUUCAGCUUUUGACGCAACCUUUUGUCUAUUUGAGCAAAACAAUAACUACCCGUUGAGACGACACUUAUCCUAUGAGGUCGGAGAAGGAUCCUUCUAUGGAGGUCUGCUGGACUCAGUACUCACACUCAGAUCGGCUCUUGUUAUUGGCAAUUACGAUUACAUUAUUGAUUUUAUUUUCCAUCACAAUGGAGUAGCUGAGGCCAGACUGAUGAGUACAGGUCACAUUCAGACAAGUUUCUACACCGACAAAGAAAGACCUUACGGCUUUCAGAUAGAGGAAAACAUCACAGGUGGUGUCCAUCAUCAUAUGGCCCAUUUCAAAGUGGACCUUGACGUUGGAGGCACUAGUAACCGAUUUGAAAGCCUGGACUUUGUUAUGGAACAAGUCAAAUUAACCCAAGACCCUAGUGUCACAUAUCAUCAGACGAGGUUUGUGUCAAACUUAAAGAGAACAGAAACCAAAUCGUUCAUUGACUACAAUUUUAGAACACCGAAAUAUUUGGUUGUACAUAACAACAACAAAAGGACAAAGUUUGGAGAGAUUAAAGCUUACAGAGUUCAGAUGAAUGGAAUGUCCUACAAUCUUCUUCCUAAAGAUAUUGGAAAUGAAAAAACGAUACCUUGGGCAAGGCAUCAGUUGGUGGUCACUAAACACAAGGACAAUGAACAAUGGUCAAGCUCUAACUUUGGCAUGUUCGACGGUUUGAAACCUGUAGCUGACUUUACAAAGUUCUACGCUGACGAUGAGAAUAUUGUGGACCAGGACCUGGUGUUGUGGAUCUCAGCCGGAAUGCAUCACAUCCCCCACACGGAAGACUUUCCCGUCACUCCAACAGUUGGGAACCAUCUGAGUUUUUUUCUUCUACCUUACAACUACUUUCCCGAGUGUCCGUCCAUGGGGUCACGUGACGCUAUGUAUAUCAAACACAUUGACCCACUGGAUCACAGCAAAGGAGUCUUUGUCAACAGAAACGGUAACUCACGCGAUCAAUGCAUCACGCCUAAAGUCACACUAGAAGAAGAUCUUUCGAAAAACCCAGAUCAAGUUCUUGAGACAAAUAGAGAAAGUUUUAUCUUAUAAUCUUAUUCCGCCAACAAAAUUGCUUUUUUUAUAUAUAUAGAGGCCUAUAAUUUACAGCUUUAAAUCUAUAAGACAUUAAAAUCUUAUUUUUUUUUCAAAU